AUGGCCAUGUCAGCAUUGUGUUUGUCAGAGAUUUGUUCCGACGAGUUCGGAGACAUUUUCGUCUACACUUUUCUUGCAGCAGUUCUGUCUUCGCUUCCUUGUGAAAGUUCCGUUUAUGUUUCCUUGAGGCAGUUCUGUCUACGCUUUCUUGUGGCAGUUCCGUCUGUGCUCCCUUUCAGCAGUUCCACAUGCACUUUCUUCCGGCAAUUCCGUCUAUUCUUCUUUCCGAUAGUUCCAUUUGUGCUUUCUUCUGGCACUCUCGGGACAUCUGAUACUACGUGUCCUACUCGCCUAUCACGUCCUGAUCAAAUCAAGUAUCAUGACCCACCCAACUUCUCCAAGAAUGUGCCUGCUUCUUCUGCUACUAUUGCUGCUACUGAAUCUACCAGCUCUGCAUCUCUCAACCCGUCUCCUGUCUCUCUAUCUGAUAUUGCGUCUCUCCUUAACCACAUGAACAUAGUAAACUUGAACCUCGGGCUCACAAGUGGUGUUUCCUUGGUUACGGUACUGAACACAAAGGUUAUCGUUGUUGGAAUCCUCUCUCUAGAUGUAUUUGUAUAUCUCGUCAUGUUUGAUGAUUUUACAAGUUCUAUCUCAAUUCAAUCUCUCGAGCCUCCUACUCUUUCGCCUUCUCCAUCUCCCGAUGAUUCUAGACCGGACGAUGCUUCUGCUCUUGCUGUCAUGCUUCCUCCCUCCAAUCCACAAUUGGUUGCUCAAGGAUGUAUGCAAGAGUAUGGUAUUGAUUAUGAAGAGACUUUUGCACGUGUUUCUCGUAUCACAUCUAUUUGCGCUCUCCUUGCGAUUAAUGAGGUCAGAAAAUGGUCUUUCAGUCAGAUGGAUGUGAAAAAUGCAUUUCUUAAUGGAGAUUUGAAAAAUAAAGUCUAUAUGAAACCAUCCUCGGAUAUCCUUGUCCUUUUAGCAAAGUCUGUCUCCGUCAUAAGGCACUUUGUGGUCUUAAACAAGAUACUCGUGAAUGGUUUGACAAGUUCAGCACCACGAUAUGCAAUCUCAGUUUCACUUACAACACUCAUGAGAAUGCUCUCUUUAUUCGUAAAAGUGAAUGUGGGAUUGUUCCUUCUACUUUUGUAUGUUGAUGACGUGAUCAUUACUAGAGACGAUAUUGAUGGUAUCUCUGAUCUUAAAGCAUCCCUUCACCAUGCUUUUGAUAUGAAAGAUCUUAGUUCUCUCAGUUAUUUUCUUGGCCUUGAAGUCAUUUUCUCAGAUGACGGCAUCUAUCUCUCUCAAGCUAAGUAUGCUUCUGAUUUUCUUGCUCGAUUCGGUGUUACAAAUAGUCGCACUGAGUCUACUCCUCUUGAGCCUAAUGUUCGGUAA